AGGCUGGAGUAGCCACCAUUUUGCAUGUCUAGUGUGUUCCUCCCUCCAUUGCUAAUAGAGACGAUUCCAGUCAUUUUCUGGCAUCAUUACGGCUAAGAAUGCCAGCUCCGAUCAGACUGCGGGAGCUGAUCCGGACUAUCCGGACAGCACGGACCCAGGCAGAGGAGCGUGAGAUGAUCCAGAAAGAGUGUGCUGCUAUCCGCUCGUCCUUUAGAGAGGAAGACAAUACGUACCGUUGCAGAAAUGUCGCAAAGUUGCUUUAUAUGCACAUGUUGGGCUACCCAGCGCACUUUGGACAGUUGGAGUGUUUGAAGCUGAUUGCGUCCCAGAAGUUCACUGACAAACGAAUAGGUUAUUUGGGAGCUAUGCUGCUUUUGGACGAGAGGCAGGAUGUCCAUCUCCUAAUGACAAAUUGCAUUAAGAAUGAUUUGAAUCACAGCACACAGUAUGUCCAGGGCCUGGCAUUGUGUACUUUAGGCUGCAUGGGUUCUUCAGAAAUGUGUCGUGACCUGGCAGGAGAGGUCGAGAAGCUGCUCAAAACGUCCAACUCCUACUUGAGGAAAAAGGCGGCAUUGUGCGCUGUACAUGUCAUCAGGAAGGUCCCUGAACUCAUGGAAAUGUUCCUUCCAGCAACAAAAAACCUGCUGAGCGAGAAGAACCACGGUGUUCUCCAUACAUCAGUCGUCCUCCUCACUGAGAUGUGUGAAAGAAGUCCUGACAUGCUGGCCCACUUCAGAAAGCUUGUUCCACAGUUGGUGAGAAUCCUGAAGAACCUAAUAAUGUCUGGAUACUCUCCUGAGCAUGAUGUGUCAGGCAUAAGUGACCCUUUCCUGCAGGUGCGGAUAUUGAGACUACUGCGAAUUUUAGGCAAGGGUGAUGACGACUCCAGUGAAGCAAUGAAUGACAUUCUUGCGCAGGUUGCUACAAACACAGAGACGAGUAAAAAUGUAGGCAAUGCAAUCCUGUACGAGACUGUACUGACUAUAAUGGACAUCAAGUCGGAAAGUGGACUGAGGGUCUUGGCCAUUAACAUAUUAGGUCGCUUCCUUCUUAACAAUGACAAAAAUAUAAGAUAUGUGGCAUUGACAUCUCUACUAAAGACUGUACAAACGGACCACAAUGCAGUGCAGAGGCAUCGGAGCACCAUUGUGGAUUGUUUAAAAGACCUGGACGUGUCCAUCAAGAGACGUGCAAUGGAACUGAGCUUUGCACUUGUGAAUGGCAACAACAUUAGAGGCAUGAUGAAAGAGCUGCUCUACUUCCUGGACUCCUGUGACCCUGAAUUCAAAGCAGACUGUGCAUCAGGAGUCUUUCUAGCUGCUGAGAAAUAUGCUCCUUCAAAAAGAUGGCACAUAGACACCAUUAUGAGAGUCCUGACAACAGCAGGGAGCUACGUGCGAGACGACUCCGUUCCUAACCUCAUCCAGCUCAUCACAAACAGCGUGGAGAUGCACGCCUACACAGUACAGAGACUUUACAAAGCUCUGCUGGAUGACAUCUCGCAGCAACCUCUAGUGCAGGUAGCAUCCUGGUGCAUAGGAGAGUAUGGGGACCUGCUUGUGUCUGGGCAGUGUGAAGAGGAGGAGCCCAUCCAGGUGACUGAGGAUGAGGUUCUGGACGUGCUGGAAGGCCUCCUGGUGUCCAACCUGUCCACACCUGUGACCCGGGGUUACGCCCUUACAGCUAUCAUGAAGCUGUCUACUCGCUUCACUAGUGUAAACCGAAUCAAGAAGGUGGUCUCAAUAUAUGGCAGUAGCAUCGACGUGGAGCUUCAGCAGAGAGCUGUGGAGUACAAUGCGCUUUUCAAGAAAUACGACCAUAUGAGGCCAGCUCUCUUAGAGCGAAUGCCCAUUAUGGAGAAAACUGCUUCUAAUGGCCCCACAGAGAUUGUACAGACUAAUGGGGAGGCUGAGCCGUCUGUUGUGGAAGCAAAACAUCCACCACCCGUCACCCAGCCAACCAACCAGGCUAAUGAUUUAUUAGACUUGCUGGGUGGUAACGAUGUGGUGCCGGUAAUUCAGACCACGGUGCCCACUAAGCCAGCUUCAGCAGGAGGAGAGCUACUUGAUCUACUGGGUGACCUCUCACUUAGUGGCGGUCCAGCCCCUACUCCUGCAACCUCAGUGCCCUCUUCCCAACCUGCUUUCCUCUUGGAUGGCCUCACCUCACCGCCCCUUUUUAAUGACAUUGCAGCUGCAGGUAUCCCUCCUAUGACGGCGUACAACAAGAAUGGCCUGAAAAUAGACUUUACAUUUGAGAGAGCUAACCCCAACCCCAACAUCGCGGUUAUCACUAUCCACGCAUCCAACUCGACAGAAGCAGACAUGACUGAUUUUGUUUUUCAGGCUGCAGUACCAAAGACAUUCCAGCUGCAGCUCCUCUCCCCUAGCAGUAAUGUCGUCCCAGCACUUAACCAGGGAACUGUCACACAGGUCAUCAGAGUACUCAACCCACAGAAGCAACAACUACGAAUGAGGAUCAAGCUGACGUACACCCACAAAGGCUCGGCUGUGCAAGACCUGGCUGAGGUUAAUAACUUCCCCCCUCAGUCCUGGCAGUGAUGAGCUGCUCCUGUUGCUCUCAAAAACCCCCAGCAAGGGAACUAUGAAAACGAUUUUCCUUUCACCUCCCACCUUUCUUCCAACGGUCCCCCUGUGACAUCAGUGCAGACAGCUGCCCUCAAGUUGCAUGGGGAGCAGCAAAGCAUUGAAUACAGGAGAAAAAUGCAGAUGUUACGAAGACCCUAUUGACUAUUGACAUCACAUGAAUAAUUGGGUAAACAUAUCAAUCAAUGAACUUUUCUUAUUUUUUUUUCUUAAUUGGUUUCCUGAUCUCUUUGAUUAGUAUGUUUCUCUCACACACACCCUUUGCCCGGCACCGACAUCACCCACAAAAGCACACAUGCACACCAUUCACUGUGGUACACUUUACUUCUCUAGUCACUGUAGAAGAAAAGUGUUGCCCACUAAUAAGCACUGCAGUAACCAUAGUUUUAUUUGGACUUGCAGGUGGAAACCCUGCUCCCUUGAUACUUAUGAUUGGCUUUGCAUUUGGGUGUUUUACCUAUGAACCUUCAAUCCUACAAAGGCAGCAGGAAAAAAAAAAAAAGCUUUGAAAGGUCUAUUCAGUGCAGUCACACACUUGUUGGGUAACCUCGUUUUUGAUCCGCCACAUCAUGAGUGAUAUAACUUGUCAGAGUUGUAUUCAUUUUGAAUUACAUUAAUUUGCUUAAAGCAUGUUUGAGCAUCGUUAGGAUCACAAUCACACCUGGACUUCGUCUUUUCCGACUCUGACAGUAGGCCUCUUUAUCCUAUGUUUCUAUAGGGAAUCGUCUGCGUUAGUUUGUCACAUUAAGAACAAACAGAUCCAAGAUGCUCACUUUGAUCACCUGUGGCUAAUUUCAUAGACCCUGCUCAGCUCUUAUCUCAUCUGUAGUAAAGCAGCAGCUUUUAGAUCAAUGUAAAACAUUCAACUGUUCAUUGCUUUGCUUUGUCUGAGGGUGUUCAUUUGUUAGUGGAUAUAAUCCAGGCCUAAAAAUUGAUCUGAUAAUAAGUUUGUGUUUUUAAACUCUUCCUGCAUCUGUGUCCCGAGUCUAGAUUGCAAUUGAGUUACAUUUCAGAUUUAUUUAACCUGGUUGAACGUGGUCACCAUGCACAUACAUGUAAAUUAAGCUUGUUAUGAAUGUAGUUACAUGCACUGAAUGCUUUUAUUUCCCCUUAAUUCUUUUUUUUUUCAUGUCUUUUUUGAUGGGGAUGCUCAUCUUACUGGCACUAUUUGUGUGAAAGUCUGUUUAUCUCUGCAGUAAUUUGACUUAAUUUAUGCCUGAUAUCAAAGUGAUGUGCCUUUCUGACUUAGCUAGAUAAAAGCCCCUGAAUUUAUUGAGUUCUGUAUGAGCUUUGUAAGUCUGCUUGUGUGAUGGUCAUGUUUUCAGUCUGAGGGGGUAAAUGGUCUCGGUGGAUUAGAAUGGGUAUGUCACUUGAUUUGAUUUAGCCUUUUCACUGCUUAGUCUAAUGACGAGUUAAAAAUCAGUCACCCCCAAAUCAGUCUCAUGAGCUCACGAGGAUGUCAGCAGUAAUGUUUUUCUAGUUUUGACACAAACGUAAAUUUUAAUCUUCUUGGUUGUUUCUUUACAGUGUGGCAGAUUUUUUUUUUUUUCCCCCCAGUAAAAUACCUGAUGGAUGAUGAUAACUAAACAAACAAAAACAAAGAUAAUGGCAGCUAAUAGAUGUAAACUUUUCUUAAGCUGGCAUCGAGAUUUCAGGUGUUUUUUGCAAACUGUUAAUGUACAAAUAUCACUACAACGCCCCCUUUUAAGUCAACAAAAAUUAAAAUGUGACUUUGAAUCACAUACUGGGACAGGUUCUUCGUUGGUGACUGUUUGUUUGAUGAUUGGAGUAUGAUUUCUUUGCUCUCGUCCUCUCCAAAUCAGAAUUCUGACCAUGCUGUUGGGGACGGUAACCUUAAUACCUCACAAUGCUCUUUCUUUCUGUUAACCUUCAGUGGCAGUAGAUUGACGUCUUGCUUAGUCACGAGUUAGAAUCAAGGGGGAGCAUCUGCAUGAGAGAAACUAACAGUAGUUUGUGCAUCUCAUUACUUAACCUUAGCAGCCCUGUGACGAUGCUGUGCUGAGAUCUUCAUCAGGCUGUGUAAUUAUUUUCACUAUGCUUCACUGUCUUCUAACUUCUGUGACCAAAUCAGAGAGACUAUUAGCUUUGGAAAUAUUUUUGAGCUAUGAUAUGUGUAUAUGGAGAAAAUAAUUUCAGUUUAACUUUUUUUCUUCUUUUCUGUUGUUGACAAAUGCUAUAUUGGCUUUUUUUCUGUACAUAUUGAGGGCUUUUACAAUUUUUGUCUCUUGUACUAUCUUUCAUCCUUUUUUUAGAUGCCAUUUUCUAAAAGAAAAUUCCAAUUAUUCACAAUGUAUAUUGUCUAAAUAGAUCUAGUCAACAUUAGUCUAUUAAGACUUCCCUGUAUCAUCACUCAUUCAUUGUAAAAGGUAUAUGAUCUGCUGCCUGUACAUUGUAUAUAGUUGUAAAACGAACGCUGAUCAGAUUAAAUAAAACCCACAUGAAGACUUAAAAAGAUUAGCUAGAAAGUAUAAUUGUAUGCAUAUAUGUACAAAAAGAAUCUUAAGAAGGAUGCAAUUGACAUGCUCUUGAUUUACUAUUUGUCAUGCUUCAUUCAUGAUGUCGUCUUUUCUUUUACGAUGAUACUUUGUGAGUCAUUGGGCCACAUGAGGUUCCUUUUUUUUGGAUGUUGAAAAAAAGGGUUAAAUCUGUCCUAACAGAUGUUGUAUGGGUGAUGUACUACUGAGAAACCUAAGCACAGUGCUGCACAGAGGCAGCAGCAGAAAUGGCACCUUGCUCCAUCUGCUUCUCUGCCCCUCAAACACCUCAUGUACCCGUGCCCUCCUGUGGAAGAGCAGCGGCUUAUUUACCAAGAAGCUGCUCUUCCUUCUGGCCUUAUGUGCACUCUUUGACAAUUCACCUCUAUUAAACGCUUUUCAAUCUGCAAAUUGUUUUGUGAAAUGAAGCCCACCCCCUCUUUCUUCAUUAUUCUGGUGUGUGAUCUCUCUUAGCUGCCUGGUUGUCUUUUUGUUUUUGCAUCUACCCAAACAGUCAAGGCCCUUAUCAGUGCCACACAAAGGGGUUUUUCAGCUCACAGCAAUGGAUAUUUUGUGUGCUCGCUGUAUUCAGAACAACACAGUGCUUUCUUUUGGGUCCUUUUUUUAGUCCAUUAUAGCAUGGCACAACUUUCAGUAAACGCUUUGUGAUCUCCAAUAUACCCGUUAAAGAGAAAACGAUCUGGGUCCUCGCUAUUCUAAACCAGACUUUAAGUGGCUGUAAAUCAAGGCAGGAUAUGAUGAACAGCAGUGGGUGGACUCUUUUUGUCUGAGUCUUUAUAAUUUUGUUUUUAAUCCAUUUCUGCUGUUCAAGAACUAAAACAAAACUGGGGCAGAGGGGGAAAAGCCUGUGUAGCUGGCUAAUAACCACAAGGGGGAGCUGUGCAAAAUGGAAGGCUGAAGGGAUGGGAAAGGAAGUUUGAUACUCAUACUGUUCCUGAAUGUUUUUGUGUUGUUUGUAUUGUCUUACUCAACCAGUAUGUACCCUUGUCCGUCACAUCAGAUGGUUUCUUUUGAUGAUUCAGUCAUUCAUGCUGUUUAAAACCUACAAAUGGAAAUGAACCCAACAUAAGUGCUUUGGACACUGUAACUGUAAAAGGAAGAGAAGAAAUGGAAUCAAGUACUCAUCAGAGGUGUGGUCAGUGAUGUGAUGUGUGUGUGUGUGUGUGUGUGUGUGUGUGUGUGUGUGUGUGUGUGUGUGUGUGUGUGUGUGUGAGUGAGAGAGAGAAAGAGAGAGUCAUGCCGAGAGGAUGUGAUGGUGUGCAACAUGUCUUCUGUCUACAUAGGACAUGAUUUUUGGCUGCAAUUGCUUUCAGCGUCUGAGCUGCAUGUGAAAACCAGUGUAAAUAACACCAUUUCUACUCUCGAUCGAAGACUCUUUUUGAAGUGCUAGAAAAGUUCCAAUUAUACAAAUCUGUCACACCACCUUCAUGGGUCAGUACUAACAUGUACAAUAAGGAGUUGUUGAAAUAGUGCUCACAUUGCUGUCGAUGUUUUUAAAGCAUCUGUUAUUCGGUUUAUUGAUUAUUGCUUUUUUUUGUUUGUUUGUUUUUGUUUUUUGGAUUUUUGUUUGUUUGUUUUUUGUUGUUUUUUUUUUUUGUUGGGGUGAAUUCAGUGUGCAAAGGGCUUGGGAAAGCGUCUGAAUUGCCACCACGUUCAUGAACUUCCCCUGUUGAAUUAAAAAAAAAAAUAAAAAUAAAAAUGCAUCUGCUGUAUUUUGAAAACAGAAUCUGUACACACACACACCCGAACCCCUGACCUGCCCGGACUGAAAACAAAACUGUAUCUGAUUAGUUGGGGGAGGGUGACGGCAUGAGGUUCACUUUUGACUCGUAUGAACUGUUAUCCCAGUUCUGUGGCUUCAAGGUGAGUGUGAAUGUCAGACUGAAAAUAUAAAAGGAUGACUAAAGAUGAGUUGUAAACUAUUAAAUGGGAUAUUUUCAAUUUAUGCUGUGUAUUCUUGUCUUUGGGUUGGAGAAAAUGAUCAAGCGAAUAAAAAGUCAAAUAAAAAUCUACAUGAGCUACGGCAGUUUUCUUUUGUGCUUUGGGGUCUUGUGUGUAAGAGUCUACUGAAAAGAAAUGCUGGGCUUAAAUUAUUCAUUUGUUAAUAUUUAUACCAAGGAUGGAUCAUUUCUAAUUGUUUUACGUCCUGUUUAUCAAAUGUUGAAAACUGGGAUAAGAAUGAGAUAUAAAUAGAAAUGAGUUUAUUGCUAUUAUAAUCACCUAGAUUUUAAAAAUGUUUUGUGCUGUUAAUAUCGACUCCAAGUAUGAGUGGAUCUGUGAGUGCUAUGUAUCUGUUUUUAAUCGGCAUUUAAUAACCAUGACUGGACCUGGGUUAAAUUUAAACUGACCUUUAUGAUAUAGAGGGGAGAUUUAAUAAUUAUUAAUUAUUCUACUGCACAGUUUCUAAAUGAUUGCAACCACGUGAAAUGAUCAUAAAGGUGUCAAAGAGCAAUCUAAAAAGGUAUGGGAGGCACUUAUCUAUCAUCAUUUCUUAGGUUCAUAUAGUAAGACA